CCCGCCACCACGGGCGUCCCGACAGGGGGCAGCGCCCCCGCGUGCCCGUUGCUCUUGGCCGACAAGAGCCCGCCGGGCCUGAAGGGCAAGGAGCCCGUGGUGUACCCCUGGAUGAAGAAGAUCCAUGUCAGCGCCGUCAACCCCAGUUAUAACGGAGGGGAGCCCAAGCGCUCUCGAACCGCCUACACCCGGCAGCAGGUCUUGGAGCUGGAGAAGGAGUUCCACUUUAACCGCUACCUGACCCGGCGGCGCCGCAUCGAGAUCGCCCACACGCUCUGCUUGUCAGAGCGCCAGGUCAAGAUCUGGUUUCAGAACCGGAGGAUGAAGUGGAAGAAAGAUCACAAACUGCCCAACACCAAGAUGCGGUCCUCCAAUUCCUCCUCAGCGCCAGGGAAAGCACAAACUCAAAGCCCACACCCCCAUCCCCAUCCCCACCCGGGUGCCUCCACACCCAUUCCCUCUUCCAUAUAACCUUCUAGAGACCUAGAGAAGUUUCUGUCCCUUACCUGCUUUCCUCCUGUCUUUUCCCUGCCCCUGUCCCCAUCCAUCCCUGCUGUUCUGGUUCUGGAACCUAACAGACACCAAAACAAAACCCAGCUUGGUGAAAAGAAUAACCAAAAAGAAGACAGUAUGCGGGUAAGCCACGCAAGACAGGACACUUGUCCAGGAUGCAGGAUGGUGGAAUGACCUGCUGGCCUCAACAGGGCUGUCAAGUUAAGAUACCUGGGAAGGACCAAUUGGUAUCAGAUACUUCUGAGAUGGCCAGAGUCAGCUGGACAGCCCAUGCUGACUGCAGACAUGUACUUGCAUAUUUGUUGGAAGCAAAAGAAAACAGAUCCUUUUCCCACCUUCCUUCCUCCCUCCUCCCCAUUAAGGCAGCUCAUAUAAGCUUGUAUUGAACUGAAUAAAUAAGUAGACAUUGUGGACCUCACCAGAGUAUUUAAUUCUCAAAAUGUGUAGACCUUGAUGGUAGGUGUGACAUGUUAGUUUCCCUUCCUUGCAUUUAUUUAAGAUAUCCUUACAGAAAUAUUGUUGUCUUAUUCAGGGGCACAAUCUUGGGGGAGAGAGGAGUGCAUUUAGACCUAUGUGCAACUGUACAAAUGGUGAUGUGGCUAUAUAGAAAGCCACAUGUGAAGAAUAAACUUCAUUAAAAAAAAUAAAACUCUGAGACAGAUUUGUGUGUUUCUAAGCUUUUCAUUAAAAAAGGAGGAGUCCUCUCGGGAUUGAGGUAUUUGACCUUGCAUGUAAAACCUCAUAGAUGGCUUGAGUUGGGUUCACUUGGAUUCUUAUUGCUCACAUAAUUGAUGUGAGAGGGUGUGUGUGUGUGUGUAUACGUGUGCAUGUGUCUGUGUGUGUGUGUUCAACUUGAGCUGAACUCUUGUCAAGCUUGACCCUCUGUGGAAAAGCUCCAAAGAGCAGAAAGGCUCUUGAGCUCUGAGAGGGCUCCUCUUCUUUCCAAACUUGGCCAGGGUUUCAGGCUUCAAGUCUCUGUAAGGCAUAGAAACGUGUCCUUCCCUGCAAUGAAAGGUGAAACCAUGCAAUGCUACGGGCCUAGGAGUUUCUGCAGCUGUUCUACACACUGAACUCUGAGCACACUUGGAAAAAAAAAAGUGGUCCCAUUGGUAUUUAUUGCACCUUCACACUUAAUCUGCCUGUUUCCCUGGAGAUGAAAAAUAGUUCAUGCAAAGGGUUGAGAUUGCUUUUUCUUUCUUGGUUGUUCUGAAGUUCCUCUUCACUAACUACAGCUUCAGAAUUUGUGUUUGUUUCUCUUUUUUGAAGGAAGAACUCUCUCAAUAAAGUGAAUUUUCCCAAUACACCCUCCAAAGUCUCUUAUGAGGAAGAAAACAGCAUAAUGGCACCCCAACAUGUACCCCCAGCAAACUAGACCUUGGGAGAGUUUACUGCUGGAAGAAAGCCAAACUGUAAAGUAGGGUCAGUUUCCUUAAAUGCUCAAUCUUUCUGCUCAGUCCAGGAGCUCUAGAUCCAAACUGUUGAAAAUCAAAGCCCACUUUGCAAUCCCCAUAACUCUAAUAAUUGUUUACUGAUUUACAGUGGCUGCUCAGUGCAGGAGGUACCUUUUAACAAGAUACAGGAAACCAAAAUACACUAGCCCCAGAAUAUUGAAACUGUCACCUGGCCUUGAAAAAAAAAAAAAACUACAGCUUUUAGGUAGUGUAGUAAUCUUAGCACAGAUGGGAGGGGGUGUUCACCUACCUCUGCAAUAUUGGAGGAACUUUAAACACAUAUUUCCAUCAAUGACAAAACUCUUAUCCAAUGUCAGUGCUGGUACCCAUCUCACCCCUGCCACCCUGUGUAUGUUUCAGGCAAGGCUGAUCAGUUGGUUAUGUACAAACAAACUAGAUUUGAGAGGAGAGUAAUGGGCACCAGUCUCUGAGGGGUCAAGGAAAUUCAGAGGUAAACAAAUAUACACAGGCCUUCUCAAAUCAGAACCUGACAAAGUACAUUUUAUAAGGUGCGAACGGGUGCCAGGGAUUUCUGGAGGCAAUGCAACUCCUGCUGCAACUUAUUAACACUCCCCCUACUACACGCACUUGUAAAACGAAAUUAAAUCAUGCUGAAAAUAGCAAUAUUCUCAGGAAUCAUUAAUCACCUCAUACAAUAAAUACUUCUUUGUAAUUCAACAGCAAUUCUGAAAGGCAUUCUCUGGGAAAAGUCUGUGGAGGAGAGAGGGAUCUUCUUGCAAAUAAUGUGGUCUCAGGCAAAGAUGUAGCAUCUUGGCUGUCUGCUCAAAAAAAAAAAAAGCAUGCCUAGAUCUCGGCGAAAAUUGUCUAACUGCAAAAACCUCAAAUGGCAAAUUAUCAUCAUUUAAGGUAAAUCCUUAUAUUUCUCCUUUGUGGGGAAGGAGGGGUAAGAGACAUUUAUUAGCUUCAUGAUGGAAGCAGUUGUGUGGAGAAGGGGAUGAUUCUCUUUCACUCACUCUUUAUAAUAUGUCCAGAAAAGGAAGCUAGGGAGUUGAGAGUUUUACUGAUAUUUUAGUACAAAAUGGAUUUUUUUGUACAAAGUAUAUUGAUUAUUAAGAUAUUGGUAAGUAUUACAAAAUCAAAAUGAUUGAAAAUGGUCCAAAUGAUUGUCAUUUCUUCGCAGUGUUUUGCCUGUUUCAGAUUCGGUCUUUAAGGAAGCUUGUUAUAACAGCUUAGAAAAUCCUACUUUGUACUUCAAAAUCAUGCAUUGUCUGCUCUGUGCUAGGGCAACCAUAAAAGUUCACCAAGAGUACAAAUUAACUGUUUUAUUUUUGUUUUUUUAAUAAGCAAACCCUACUGGCCCCUCAAACCCUUGACCUUUAAAGACAGUAUUUUGGGUACGCUCUAUAAUUCUUCUACCAAAAUGACCCUUACACAUGCACACCUCUUCUCUCUCUUCCUCCCUCCCUCCAAUACACACUCAUCUACUUUAGUCACAGAGCCACAAGCUGUGCAAGACUGGAGAUAAAGUUUUGUCAACAUCUGAAAUCAACCUAAAUCGAAUAGGAGACACUUUAAUGGUCACAGUUUGAAUUAAGUACUUAACAUUCUUCCCCUUGAAGAAAAAAUGGCACUUUGCAGGCUUUCUUCCCUAGUUUUACUGAAAUCUAUGAUAUACCCAGUGUUUUAUUACAGUGGGAAUUCAACUGUGACAGACAUCUUAGAGUACUUAAUACCCAGGAUGGAGCUCAUGGAAAGACUACCUAGAUAUAUGGGGGGAGACACAAUGUCUCUGACUUUAUACCCAGCUGUCCCAGGGUGCCCUAUUCCUCCAUCUCUCAGCUUCCUGCCCCAUGGGGUGGGUAUCACUAUUUAUAUUCUGUCCCUCUGUUGGGGAAGGUUCCAAACUGUGCCACUCUUCUCACUGAGGUCUUCCCUCCAGCAGUAUCAUCAGGGAAACAGAUCAGGGGCUCUUUAAAAAGGAAGAAAAAGAAAACUACUAAAGAACCAAUGUAACAAACAGACACCUGGGACUUCCCCUCUGUGUAGGCAUUAGGCGGUUGGCACUCUCCUGGUCUCUGCAUCCUUAGACACAGUCUAGUAUGGAAGAAUACAGGCUUGCUUUUCCCAACUACUGUUCCUGUUGCCUCUUCUCUAUAUCCACCCUGGUUUGAGAAUAACUGUUUCCUUUGAGUUUCAAAGAGUAUGGGAGGAAGAGACACUUGCUCUGUUUUUUUGAUAGCAGCAGGGAGGCUGCUGAAGCUGUCUAAAACUUUCUAUAUAGUUUGCAACUCUGGCAUUUUGUCCUCCGAAGGCUUCAAACUCAUGGAGAUUUCCCCCUGCCUCCUGGCCUUUCAGACCAGCCCCAUUAUCCAUUCUCUCUGGGAUUUACUUCUGAAAUUGGAAGAGAUUUCCAGAUUGAAAGAAUGUCCAGGAUGGUAGACACCUGGAGUCCAUUUUGGUAUAAUAAUCUCAGUUUACAAAUGAGGAAGCCAAGGCAGCUGAUUCCCUCCCCACACAGUUUGUUUGUUGUCAUAUUGUUUGUUGUCAUAUUAAUGAAAAUGCAGGCUGAAUGGGAGCUUCUGUCUUACAGUGGAUACCAGUAAGUGCACAGACACCUUUCCUCUGCUGAAGCUGUUCUUCUGGGAAUGGACAUAUGUAUCCAGGUUUACACUUGAUGCCAAUAGCCACAGGUGUACCUGCAGCUGUGGAAUAAGAGCAGGUUCUUGCCUGAUGCAUACCAAAGCUGCCUAGGGAGAUUUGGUAACCAAACUGCCCUAGUCAUGGUGUUCUGGACAGGUGGGCUGACACUGGGUUAAGGAGGGAUGGAUUCAGAGCACUUGCGGAAAGAAGUGGGCUCCCCACUGUCCACAAUGCUCAGAAACAGAAUGACUAAUUACACUGUGCAGGCCCAGGUAUUUCCAUGGUGGUUGUUUGCCCAAACCAGGGCAAAGGCAAAUGUGCCCCAGAGGCCUGGAAAACAGAAGAGCCAAACAAGGACCCUGGUUGCAGCUGAUAAAGGUGUAGCGCCUGUUGGAGGGAGAUAUUGAAAUUGUAAUCUUUGCGGCCACGUGACUCAUUAAAUAAUUAAUGCGGAUUGUCAAGAAUGGAUCUGAGUCGUCAGGGCCUCACUAGGAAUGAAUCUCUCAGAAGUGAGACUCCAACUUCCUUUUUCAUUAAAAAACCCCCUCAGAUUUAUCUACAAAGGCUGUUUAACUCCUUCUGGAAGGCAAGCAAGAUCCUUCCUUGGGGCAGACAGGAGUCCGGGAGGCCUCCGCUGAGUCUUGGGACUUUUUCCGCAGGGUUUCUGCGAGUCCCCCACAGAGCACCGCUUCAGGGGAAGCGUGAGUUCGGGCUCGGAUUUUCUGCGGUCACCUUUUAGCUUUGGUGAUGAAGUGGGACGGAUGCGCCGACAGUUGGUAAUGUUCUGAUUCACGCUGGGGAAGGCUGCAGAGAUACCGCAGGACGGGCGCGCGGCUUUGUUCAAUUUUCCCGGCGUUCAUAAAUCACUCCCGCCGGGCGAACGAGGGAGCAAGUGAGCGCCAAAAAUGCGGAGAGAGGCCUCCUCGGCGGCUGCCAUUGAAGAGCAAGAGACUUGGGCAACAUCUCUGUGACUCAGCCUGGGCGGUUUAUGGGGAACAGCAAUCAGAAUUAUUAGAC